AUGGCGGAGCUGCUCGGCGUAUUGAGCUGGAGAAGGAGAGAGAGAGAGAGAGGGCGGAGGGCGGGCUCGCCUGCCCCGGCUUAUGGGGAGAACGGAGCUCCUGGGUCUUUCAGUGGUAUAAGAAGUGACUAUUUUUGCUUAUUUAUGGCUGUUUGUCUACAACUGCUGCUGCUGCAACAUAUGCUAGUGUUUGAGUCCUCACUCAUUACAGCUGUUGGCAUUGAUGCAAUACCUUUUUCUGUAGCUAGUGGCUGUUGUGGCAGUUGCUCAAUGCCACUGAAAAUUGGAAGAUCAGUUGGCAAAGCAGAACGAGCCUGUCGAAGGUUAAAGCCUGAUGUAACAUUUUCAAAUGGAUCCGUAGUCUAUACACUUGUAGUGGGAUCAAAACCAAAUAGGAAGCUGACAUUCCUGUACUUGGCCAACGAUGUCAUACAGAACAGCAAAAGGAAAGGACCAGAAUUUACAAAAGACUUUGCUCCAGUAAUAGUGGAGGCUUUUAAGCAUGUUUCAAGCGAGUCUGAUGAGAGUUGUAAGAAACACCUUGGCCGAGUGCUUUCUAUCUGGGAAGAAAGGUCUGUUUAUGAAAAUGAUGUAUUAGAACAACUUAGGCAAGCUUUGUAUGGAGACAGAAAAGUGAGGAAACGCACAUAUGAACAGAUAAAAGUUGAUGAAAACAGCUGUUCACCUCGAAGUUCUCCCACUGACCCUCCGCAGACCACAGAUCUCAUUAGAGCAUUACAAGAACUAGAAAAUGCUGCCUCUGGGGAUGCAGCAGUUCAUCAGAGAAUAGCUUCUUUGCCUAUAGAGGUCCAAGAUGUGUCCCUGUUAGACAGAAUAACAGAUAAGGAAUCUGGAGAGCAACUUUCCAAAAUGGUAGAUGAUGCAUGUAUGUUGCUGGCGGAUUACAAUGGCAGGUUGGCAGCUGAAAUAGAUGAUAGAAAACAGCUAACUCGAAUGUUGUCAGACUUUCUCCGAUGUCAAAAAGAAUUCCUUGCAGAGAAAGAACAUAAGCUGGAAGAGUACAAACGCAAGCUAGCCAGAGUGUCCCAAGUACGGAAAGAACUCAGAUCACGCAUCCAGAACCUGCCUGAUCUUUCUCGACUUCCCAACGUCACGGGCAGCCAUGUACACCUACCGUUUGCAGGAGACAUCUACAGCGAUGAUUGA